UCCAGUCACUGAGUAGAGGCCACUGAGUGUUUCUUCGUCUCUCUGGGAAAAGCAUCUGUGAGGCACACAGGAUGGCCUGGUGGAAAGCCUGGGUCGGAUGGAGAUCUGGAGAAGGAACCAGGAUGAAAGGGGCCUCAAGAGACUGGAAUAACAGACUAAAGGGUUGAAGUUCGACUUUUGAACCAUAGGGAGCUUCCUCUACACUAGAGAAUACUCUGGGGGAACACAGCCACUGAAGGAGCCCAGCAAUACCAACAGCUCCGAGUGCGGAAGGGAAUAGACUCAUACCAGUAGAGCACCGAGCGCAAACGCGUGCUGGGCACCUUCCUCGUCUCAAGCUGGGGUGCUUCCAGAGUGAAAGCUGAGGUUCUGGGACACCAGGUAGCUCGCUCAGUCCCUUGGACGAGUUAGACAAGAGAAAGCCCAAAGUCUCUGGAGUAGCCCCCAGGCUCUUUGAAGGCAGAAGAUUCAAAUUGAUCUAGUUUCAGGAAAAUGUUUGUUGCUGUGACAUCACCCAGAGAGAAGCCGUAGGGAAGACGCCCCGGGGACUCUGGACAGAUGUGACGGACUAGAAGUCAGGGAGAGGUUGAACAAGAGGGCGUCAGUGUGAAGGGUAGUUCUCAUUUCAACCCAGACCCUGAUGCAGAGACCCUCUACAAAGCCAUGAAGGGGAUCGGAACCAACGAGCAGGCCAUCAUAGACGUGCUCACCAAGAGGAGCAAUGUGCAGAGGCAGCAGAUUGCCAAGUCCUUCAAGGCUCAAUUUGGAAAGGACCUCACUGAGACCCUAAAGUCAGAGCUGAGUGGCAAAUUCGAGAGGCUCAUCGUGGCCCUCAUGUACCCGCCAUACAGAUAUGAGGCCAAGGAGCUGCACGACGCUAUGAAGGGCUUAGGAACCAAAGAAGGAGUCAUCAUUGAGAUCCUGGCUUCUCGGACCAAGAACCAGCUGAGAGAGAUAAUGAAGGCCUAUGAGGAAGACUACGGAUCUACCCUGGAAGAAGACAUCCAAGGAGACACGAGUGGCUAUCUGGAGCGGAUUCUGGUGUGUCUUCUGCAGGGCUGCAGAGAUGACGUGAGUGGUUUUGUGGACCCAGGACUGGCCCUUCAAGAUGCACAGGACCUGCAUGCAGCAGGUGAGAAGAUUCUGGGGACUGAUGAGAUGAAGUUCAUCACCAUCCUGUGUACACGCAGUGCCACUCAUCUGAUGAGAGUGUUCGAGGAAUAUGAAAAGAUUGCCAACAAGAGCAUUGAGGAUAGCAUCAAGAGUGAGACCCAUGGUUCACUGGAGGAGGCCAUGCUCACUGUGGUGAAAUGCACCCGGAACGUCCACAGCUACUUUGCAGAGAGACUGUACUAUGCCAUGAAGGGAGCAGGGACACUUGAUGGGACGCUGAUCAGGAACAUUGUUUCCAGGAGUGAGAUUGACUUAAACCUUAUCAAGAGUCAGUUUCAGAAGAUGUACGGCAAGACUCUCAGCAGCAUGAUCAUGGGCGACACCAGCGGUUACUACAAGACUGCCCUGCUGAACCUUGUGGGUACUGACCUCUGAAAAUGUCAAAAAAUCAAACAAGGGCAAGAAGGGUCAGCACAGCCCCUGUGGCUUCAGCCCUGACCCCAUGGGUGAGGUGGGGGUAAGGGACACCUCAUGUGGCUUUUAAUCUUCUGUCUCCCGGUUUCUGAUGCUUCUCAUCCAAUGCUUCUGACCCAGAAGGUGAGACCAGCCUGGGUUUCCCUUCCACCUCUCCCCUGAGUCAUUUCUAAUGCCCACCCUAGCAUUACCUCUGAGCAAACAGAAACAACAUGAAGAAGCUUGCAGGAACCUGUGGGCCAUUCCUUCCCUGCACAAAAGCUCCUGGGUACAGGUCACACUCUGCCUUGGCUCUGAGUCAUCCACUGAAUCAGGGUCUUUGGA